CAACAGAACCCAUCCCUUGAUCCUACCUCGUACUCGUUCUCUUCACGAAUUCAACCUCCAGUCGACGGUAACCAGGUCGCUCGUGACUACCAGGCCUUCAAGCAUCACCAGGAGGUUACCAACCGCAUUGGAUCUGUCGUUUCUCCCAAGUACCAACCGCAUACCCAACUCACCCAACCUCCUUCGCCAGACGACAUCUCUCUUGAGCUUCUUCUUGCCUCGCAAUCCCAUCUAGGUCACUCUACCUCGCUCUGGAAUCCCGCCAAUGCUCGCUACAUCUUCGGUGUGCGUCAGGGUGUCCACAUCAUUUCGCUCGACCAGACCGCCUCCCACUUGCGCAGAGCAUGUGCUGUUGUUCGCGGUGUUGCUCAGCGCGGUGGUCUGAUUCUGUUUGUCGGUACUCGUGAAGGUCAAGAAAGAAUCGUUGUCAAGGCUGCUCAGCUUGCUGGUGGUUGUCACCUGUUUGACCGCUGGAUCCCUGGAAGCAUUACCAACGGUGCUCAAAUUCUGGGCAGGUGUCGCACAAAAGUUGUUGACGAGAACGAUAAGGAGAUCAAGGGUUUCGAGGAGCAGCUUGAAGCAAAGGGUGCUCUUAAGCCUGAUUUGGUCGUCUGCCUGAACCCUCUGGAGAACUACGUUUUGCUGCACGAGUGUGGUCUUAACAAUAUCCCCACUAUUGGUGUUAUUGACACUGACGCAAACCCUACCUGGGUCACCUACCCUAUUCCCGCCAACGACGACAGUCUCCGUUGCAUCAACCUCAUCGGUGGUGUCCUUGGACGUGCCGCUGAGGCAGGCAUGAAAUCGCGUCUCGGCCAGGCUUCCAAUGGUGUUGUCACAUACGCUGCGCGCCACAACCUGUCUCCUCCAACUGCUGACCAAAUCGCCGCUGCC